AUGAUAUUCUUUAGUCACAACGCCUCCCUAUGUGCCCUAUUAAUUCUCAGUCUUCCCCUCUCGUGGGUAGCCUCAUAUGGCCUCCUGCAACCAGCACUGAGCCUUUUAAAAUCCGCUGUACCCACGCUGAAAGGGAAGCUAAGCAGUCUGAUAGGUGUGGUCGGAGUGGAAUCGGCCUAUGAUUAUGUGAUUGUCGGAGGAGGCACGGCGGGCAACACUAUUGGCAGUCGCCUGGCCGAAGCAGGAUUGUCUGUCGCCAUCGUUGAAGCCGGCUCAUUUUAUGAAAUUGAAUCACCGCUAAAGUCCACCAUCCCCGCAGGGUAUAAUCUUCUUGUUGGGUCUGACCCGGAAAAUGUCAAUGUCCCAGUGGACUGGGGGAUCGUUACUGUACCCCAAGCGGGCGCGAACGGGCGUAGACUGCACUAUGCGCAGGGGAAAUGCUUUGGUGGGUCAGGAACAACAGGGUCUUAUGAUCAAUGGGCCACCCUGGUGGAAGAUGAUAGUUAUAAAUGGGAGAACAUUCUUCCAUUUUUCAAGAGAUCAGUGCAAUUUACGCCACCUGACACAUCGAAACAGUUCCAGAAUGCGACGACCCUGUUCAAUCCAGACGCAUUCGACAGGGACAGCACAGGGCCUGUUCAAGUAUCUUACGUCAACUACGUAUCGCCGUUCGCAACAUGGCUGAAAGCAGGUAUGGAAGCAGUGGGGAUUCCUGUGACUGAGGAUUUCAGCAGCGGCCACCUUCUCGGAACGCAAUACAAUCCAUCUACUAUCAACCCGAUCGACGAGACCCGCAGUAGCUCAGACACUUUCAUUAGCAGUCUGCCUAUUACGAGCAAGCUGAAUGUUUACCCUGACACACUGGUCAAAAAGAUUAUCUUCGAUGAGAAUAAGCAAGCUACUGGUGUUGACGUGGAAACAGCCGGACAAGGAUACCAUAUCCGAGCUGCGCGAGAAGUGAUAGUAUGUGCGGGCAGCUUCCACUCUCCGCAGAUUCUUAUGGUAUCUGGUAUUGGGCCCCAGAACACUCUCAAUUCACUCAAUAUACCGAUUGUCUCCAGUCUCCCUGGGGUGGGACAGAAUAUGUGGGACCACCCGUUCUUUGCCCCCUCGUACCGAGUGAGCCUGGAGACAGAGACCCGGAUGGCGUAUGAUAAACUCCGUUAUCUUGAACAGGGGCUCGAGUACGCGCUAGAACAUGAAGGGACUUGGGCCAACACCCAAGAAUUGCUGGGAUGGGAAAAGCUUCCGCGUUCCCAUCGCUUGAAUUUGUCUCAGGGCACACUUGACGAUCUUUCACGAUUUCCCAGCGAUUGGCCGGAGGUAGAGUACCUUCCAGCAAAUGGCUUCGUCGGCAAUUUCAGUGACCUUAUGGGUCAACAACCAGCCGACGGAUAUCAGUAUGCGUCCAUUCUCGGUGUCUUAAUCGCGCCGACCUCGCGAGGAAAUGUGACCAUCCGCAGCAACUCCACAUCCGACCGGCCUAUCGUGAGCCCCAACUGGCUGACGACGAAGACAGAUGUGGAGGUUGCAGUCGCAAUAUACCGCCGGAUGAGAGAAAUUUGGCAAAGUGAACCACUCCAAUCAAUAACCGUUGGAAACCUGUCCUAUCCACUUCAUGAAGACCAAUCGGAUGAGGAAAUCAUCCAGUAUAUCAGGGAAUCAUUGAUGCCACUGUGGCAUCCAGCCUGCACCUGCAAGAUGGGUGUACGUAGUGACCCAAUGUCUGUUGUUGAUAGUCACGCCCGAGUCUAUGGAGUUGACCGACUUCGAGUGGUCGAUGCCAGCUCUUUUCCUCUGUUGCCGCCUGGACAUCCUCAAAGUACAGUCUAUAUGUUGGCUGAGAAAAUUGCUCACAGUAUAAUAAGCCACUUGGAGAAGGAAUGA